AUGAGUCAAACCACUGACGAUGAACCGAAUCAAAAUAAUGAACCUUUCAUACCGAAUGAAGAGGUUGGCGAAGACAGUGAGGAUGAUCAAGAAGAGGUCCGAUUUGAAGAUCUAUUUGGUGCUAGCGAUGAUGAUGGCAAUGAAGACCUCAUCGAUACACCUACCGUAGCAGUAAGAGCUGAACCGAUCAAUUUUUUCACACCAAUCCACAAUGCUGACGACAUAGAGGAGGGCAUGGAGUUUGAAAAUAAGGAAGCAUGUGUUGUCGCGUUGCAACAAUGGGUUUCUUUGUGUAAGGGGAACUCAAAGUGGAAGAUUGGUAAGCUUGGUGGGCCUCAUACAUGCACAACCACUUCUAUGUCACAAGACCAUAGAAAACUCAAUUCAGAAAUGAUUAGUAAGAGCAUAAUGAAGCUUGUUAAUCACGACGCUUCUCUUAAGGUGAAGGUGAUCAUCGCUCAUGUUGCAGAAAAAUAUAGGUAUAUAAUAUCGUACAAAAAGACAUGGAUUGCAAAAUGUACUAUUAUAGAAUUGCAAACCUUACCUGUGAUUUCAUACGAUGGAUCCCAAUUGGGUGACAAAAGGAUCUUCCGUCGUCUAUUUUGGGCAUUUCGACCAUGUAUACGUGGUUUCGCCUAUUGUAAACCUAUUGUGCAAGUUGAUGGAACAUGGUUGUAUGACAAGUAUAAAGGGACUAUGUUGAUGGCUCUGGCACAGGAUGGGAACGAGAACAUUUUCCCAAUAGCUUUCACAUUAGUUGAAGGUGAGACAAAGGAUGCUUAG